ACCACAAACCCCAUCCCCAUUAAAAACGGCGACCCACGGAGGGUAAAAAUGUAAAGUUCCACUCCUCCCUCACACAAACCCUAACCCUAGCCCCUCAAAUUCCACAUAAACUCUGCAAGCUGCCGUCUGAGAAAUCGGCGCACCAGGAAGAAUGACGACGCAUCUGAAGAAGAACCGGAAGAAGAGAGGCCACGUCAGCGCCGGCCACGGCCGUAUCGGAAAGCACCGGAAGCAUCCCGGAGGCCGCGGGAACGCCGGAGGCAUGCACCACCACCGGAUCCUCUUCGACAAGUACCACCCCGGAUACUUCGGGAAAGUCGGGAUGAGGUAUUUCCACAAGCUCAAGAACCGGUUCCACUGCCCGAUCGUCAACAUCGAGCAGCUCUGGUCGCUCGUCCCGGAGGAGGUCAAAGGCAAGGCUACGAAGGACAGCGUUCCGAUGAUUGACGUCACUCAGUUCGGGUAUUUCAAGGUCUUGGGUAAGGGCGUGCUCCCCAGGAAUCAGCCGGUCGUGGUGAAGGCCAAGCUCGUGUCGAAAAUCGCAGAGAAGAAGAUCAAGGAGGCAGGAGGUGCUGUUGUUCUAACUGCUUAGUUUUACUUAUUUCUUCCUGCUCUUCAAAUUUCUAGUUUUUCUAAUUUCAUCUUUGGCUCAAGUUUUAAACUCUCGAAUCCUCUUGGAGAGAUCUGUGCGCUUGAAGAAUGGUUUUGUUACAAUUGUCUGGAUUUUGGACAAUCAUAUUACUGCAAUUAAAUUAUAUAUUGGGUUUUUGGAAUUUGUUUUUGCCUUUCUGUGUUUGAUUGAUUGCUGGCAUGUUCUUGAAAUGUAUUCAAAAUGGGAUCUGACCUUUGAUUCCUAAGAUGAAUAAUAUAUUUGCAAUGAAAUCAAUUGGUUUAUGUGAU